AUUUACCACAAACUGAUCAGCUUUAUUACAUGAGCUUUGGUUCCUUGACAUCAAGAUCCUCAUUUCCCUUUUGGAUUAUUAGUGUCACGAAAAAGACUGGUUUCCCGCUACCACAAUUGUUUGGGAAGCUAUCUGUAAAAGCAGCCCAACUAUCUCGAGUAUCACUUACGCCCGCUCAACGACACUCACGAGGAUUCUCCGUCCGCACCGCCACCUCUGGAUUUUACGCCACUGUGCCUCUAACAAAGCAUCACGGUAUGGCCGACAUGGAUUCAGCACCAGCACCAGCUGGUUUUACAAAGGUCACUGAGGGCAAAGCUACUAUCCUCUUCCCAGAUACCAAUGAGGUUUUUUAUAAUCCUAUCCAGCAAUUCAACAGAGACAUCUCGAUCGCUGCUAUCCGGACAUGGGAUGAGAUUUUUCAGGAGGAGCGGGCGGCUAAACGUGCAGAGAAACAGGCUCGCAAGGAGGCUGCAGCAGCAAAGAGAGCACAGGAAGGAUUGGAGCCAUUGCCAGAAAGAGAAUUCCCUCAAGGAGCUGUUGAUCCAACAGCACCCCGUGGGAUUACCAUUUUGGAGGCAUUGUCUGCAUCAGGACUGAGGUCAAUCCGAUAUGCCAAAGAGAUUCCUAAUGUUAAGCAUAUCCUGACAAACGACCUUGAGGCAGAUGCGGUUGCUUCUAUUAAACGCAAUGCUGAGUUUAACGGGAUUAGCUCGGACCUACUAGAACCUCACCAAGGAGAUGCCAUCGAUGUUCUCUAUCAGCACCGCGAUCCUCUCAAGCGCUACGAUGUAAUUGAUCUGGAUCCAUAUGGAACUGCAUCACCAUUCAUUGACGGCGCUGUUCAAGCUGUUUCUGAUGGAGGCUUGCUCUGCGUUACCUGCACAGAUUUAGGAGUUCUCGCUGGAAGCAAUUACACGGAGACAUGUUAUGCCAAGUACGGGGGACAUCCAGUUAAAGCCGAGUUUUGUCAUGAAGUUGCUCUUCGCCUAGUACUUAAUACUCUUUCAGCUUCGGCUGCACGCUAUAAGAGGCAUAUCGUGCCUAUGGUAUCGUUGAGCAUCGACUAUUACCUCCGUGUUUUCGUCCGUGUCUACUCUUCAGCUGCAGAGGUCAAGAUGACGGCAAGCAAGACUUGUCUAGCAUAUGUUUGUUCAGGAUGCCAGUCCAGCUAUACACAAUCCCUUGGUAAAGUAUCGGAGAACGCAAAGGGGAAUAAGAAGUUUGGUGUCAAUACAGGGCCACCCGUAAAUCAAACUUGUGAGCAUUGUGGCUCUAGGUUCCAUGUUGCAGGUCCAAUGUGGGGUAAAGAACUUCAUUCGGUGGCGUUCAUAGAGCGUAUGUUAAACCAUGUCAAGGGUGCCACUGCUCUUUAUCAAACACAACCUCGUAUUUUGGGCAUGCUAACUGUUUGUAAAGAAGAGAUUGAGACACCAUUUUAUUACACUGCCAAUGGACUCUCAGGAACAAUCCAUUGUACCAGCAUCCCUCUUCUCAAUGUUGUAUCAGCUUUGCUUCACGAUGGAUACAGAGUCUCAGGAUCCCAUGCAGCGCAAGGCUCUAUCAAGACAGAUGCACCGUCCUCUGCAGUAUGGGAUGUUAUGCGCUCUUGGGUAAAGCUGAAUCCAGUGAAGAAUAUUAAGCCAGAUUCACCAGCAGGCAGGAUCUUAGCGGUAGAGCCUAAGAAGAUUGCUAAUUUUGAGAUGCAUCCAGAUGCUCGAUCAGAAUCGAGAAAGGCCAAUCUUGUACGAUACCAGAUGAAUCCAACCAAGAACUGGGGGCCGCAAGCAAGAGCUGGAAGUAACAAGCGCAAGGCGCAAGAUAACGAAUCUGAGCUUGUAGAAAAGAGCGUCAAGUUGGAGAAUAAUUCUACUGAUGAUGCUAAGAUAACGGCAGAAGAAAAGGAUAUUGCAUAGUUUUAAUACCUUGAGUUUACAAACAUCACUAAAGCCUAUCUUUUUUAAGUUAUUUAUGGAUAAGGUAGAGAGAACCUCAUAAGCUCACUAUUAUAUUGAAUCUGCC